UCUUCCGGUGUGGACGGGACGAGACUUCAGCGGAGCUGGAGGGGAAACGGAUCUCGACGGGGAAGCUGGCCUCGACAAAACACCGGUCGAACCGUGUUGUCACAUGUGCGUGUAGUUUGUUGUCAUUCAUAAUGAGAAGUUAAACACAAAAUAUUUUUUCAUAUAUAUGUCUGCUUGUAUUAUUAGCUUAGAAUGAGUUUAGAGACAAACGGAGGAGAUGAUGAGGAUUGUUUGUUUCUUGAACGGGUUCUGGAUAAGCUUUAUGACUUUGGAUCAGCACCUAAAAAGAAGCUCAAGUCCCAAAAGAAGAAAAAACGAAAAAGAUGUGAUGAAGAGGAAGAAGAGGCGCUCCACGCAGUAAAUGAUGUCAGCUGUGACAGUGAAGACAGCAGAACAGAAAAUCUUUCUGCUCACCACCAACAGCAACCAUCACAAAUGUAUCAUACAGGUCCAACCAUCCAGCAGGAGAACCGGGUAGAGGUAGUCACCUUUCAGGACCCCAGAAAGAAACUAAAAACUAAGCAGAAUCCAGCCCCCAGAAACACACCUCCCCAGAUAACAGAGAAGCAGCAAAGCGACCAGCAAGAACUCACUUUGGAAAAGGCUCGUCUGGAGGUCCAUCGGUUUGGAAUCACAGGCUACAAGAAGGAGCAGCAGCGUGUUUUUGAACAGGACAGAGCGGUGAUGCUGGGAGCCAGACCUCUGAAGAAGGAAUAUGUCAACUACAAGAUGCUUCAGCAGCAAAUCAAGGAAAAGAAGCAAAACGCAAAGGAUGAGGCCCAGCUGGAAAAAAAGAAAAAGAAGAAGAAGCAAAGUAAUCAAAGCAGAGACAAGAAGAAGCCGUCCUCCGGCUCCGGCGGGGGGCCCUCGGGUCAGCUUGGUCGCUUCAAGAACGGCAUGCUGAUCCUCAGCUCCAAGGAGAUUCAGAAAAUCAAAAAGCACAAAUGAGAAGGGGUGAAAAUUAAUUCUAAAAAGAUCGGCUGACGGGAGGAAGAAGUUGUUUAAUGACUCAACUUACUGCAGCAUCGCUCACAGCCAGACAUGCUAUGAGGGGAAAUUGCAGAUUCCCCAACACGUCAGUGACCGCUGGGACAAAAAAAAUCUAAUUUAAAAUCCUGAAAAUGGAUCCUGAAUGUGGAUUGUGGCAGGACAUGGAUGAACUAAACUGGAGACUCUGACAGGAGAUGUUAUAUCACAGUUUAUUAGAAAAGACCAAAAACCUCCAAAGGUUUUUUUUUUUUUUUUUUAUUUAAUGAUGCAUUUCCAGUGUGUUUCUUUUUCACAAUAUCCUUAUAUAAUAUAAUUGUACAUUAUCAGGGCAACAAAGAGGUCGAGGUGCUCUAGAUUUUAAAGAUUUUGUUAAAGGAAAACCCUGACUGGAUGUAUUUGUGAAAUGUUGCAGCUGCUUGUCAGUUUUCCUCAAAGCAGCUUUUUAUGUUAUUUUUAUCUUUUUUAAAAAGAAGCUUCUCUGCUGCUCUUAUAUUUGGCUUAAGAAGAGGAAGAGAAAGUGAUGCAGCCAAAUUUAAACCGAUGCAGUGGCUCCUUAAACCUAAAUCGAAUCUAGGUGCCCGAUUUCAUUUCCUCUAGUCACCAUUUCCUCACUUCCUGCAGACACGUAAACUCCAGUCAUCUCAAGUUUUAGAGGGGAAAGAAGGUUCAUCUGGUUACUUGAUGGAUGUUUGAGCAAAGCUGACUUCAGGGAAGGGGUCAGAGCUUGAUGUGGGUCCUCAGGUGGAAACUGGCAGUCUGGAGCACACCUGGGAGAAAUUCACCUUUUGAUAGAUGCUUAGAUGCUCUUGCUCUGAAUUUGAGAAAAAAAAGUCUAAAGCCUGACUUUUAGUCUAAUAUCUUAUUUAUGUGACACAUGAAAGAUGUUAAAUGUAAGUACUGGUAGAAAAAUACUAGAAAAAUAAAGAGUAUUAUGAGAUUAUGU